GCAGCGGCGAGGCGGCGGCGGCGGCAGAGUCGGUGGUGCCAGAGGCGAAAGCGACAGCUCCCGGGGGUGGCGGCAGCCCCGAGAGCAGGAUGCGGGUCCGGAUCGGGCUGACGCUGCUGCUCUGUGCGGUGCUGCUGGGCACGGCCUCGGCGUCCUCGGAUGAUGAAAGCGGCCAGGAUGAAUCCUUAGAUUCCAAGACUUCUUUGCCAUCAGAUGAGUCGGUAAAGGACCACAGCACAGCAGGCAGAGUAGUCGCUGGUCAGAUAUUUCUUGAUUCAGAAGAGUCAGAGUUGGAAUCACCUAUUCAGGAGGAGGAAGACAGCCCCAGGAGCCAAGAAGGGGAAAGUGGCACAGAAGAAAUCAGCUUUCUAGAAUCUUCAAAUCCAGAAAACAAAGAUUAUGAAGAACCAACGAAAGUACGGAAACCAGCUUUGACCGCCAUUGAAGGCACAGCACAUGGAGAGCCCUGCCACUUCCCUUUUCUUUUCCUGGAUAAGGAAUAUGAUGAGUGUACGUCAGAUGGGAGGGAAGAUGGCAGACUGUGGUGUGCUACAACCUAUGACUACAAGGCAGAUGAAAAGUGGGGCUUUUGUGAAACUGAAGAAGAGGCUACUAAAAGACGGCAAAUGCAGGAAGCAGAAGUGAUGUACCAGACUGGGAUGAAAAUCCUCAAUGGAAGCAAUAAGAAAAGCCAAAAAAGAGAAGCAUAUCGGUAUCUUCAAAAGGCAGCAAGCAUGAACCAUACCAAGGCCCUGGAGAGAGUGUCAUAUGCUCUUUUGUUUGGUGAUUACCUGACACAGAACCUCCAGACAGCUAAACAGAUGUUUGAGAAGCUGACUGAGGAAGGCUCCCCCAAGGGACAGACUGCUCUUGGCUUUCUCUACGCCUCUGGACUUGGUGUCAAUUCAAGUCAGGCAAAGGCCCUUGUAUAUUAUACUUUUGGAGCUCUUGGGGGCAACCUAAUAGCCCACAUGAUUUUGGGCUACCGCUACUGGGCUGGCAUCGGGGUCCUCCAGAGUUGUGAAUCCGCGCUGACUCAUUACCGUCUUGUGGCCAACCAUGUUGCUAGUGAUAUCUCGCUGACAGGAGGCUCAGUAGUGCAGAGAAUACGGCUGCCUGAUGAGGUGGAAAAUCCAGGAAUGAACAGUGGAAUGCUAGAAGAAGAUUUGAUUCAGUAUUACCAGUUCCUAGCUGAAAAGGGUGAUGUACAAGCACAGGUCGGUCUGGGACAACUGCACCUGCACGGAGGGCGUGGAGUAGAACAGAAUCAUCAGAGAGCAUUUGACUACUUCAAUUUAGCAGCGAAUGCUGGCAAUUCACAUGCGAUGGCCUUCUUGGGAAAGAUGUACUCAGAGGGAAGUGAUAUUGUGCCUCAGAGUAAUGAGACAGCCCUUCACUACUUUAAGAAAGCUGCUGACAUGGGCAACCCAGUUGGACAGAGUGGGCUUGGAAUGGCUUACCUCUACGGGAGAGGAGUUCAAGUUAAUUAUGAUCUGGCACUGAAGUAUUUCCAGAAAGCUGCUGAGCAAGGCUGGGUGGAUGGGCAGCUACAGCUUGGCUCCAUGUACUAUAAUGGCAUUGGAGUCAAGAGGGAUUAUAAACAGGCCUUGAAGUAUUUUAACUUAGCUUCUCAGGGAGGCCAUAUCUUGGCUUUCUAUAACCUAGCACAGAUGCACGCCAGUGGCACAGGUGUGAUGCGAUCCUGCCACAACGCAGUGGAGUUGUUUAAGAAUGUGUGUGAACGGGGCCGCUGGUCCGAGAGGCUUAUGACUGCCUAUAACAGCUAUAAAGACGGCGACUACAACGCUGCCGUGAUCCAGUACCUCCUGCUGGCCGAACAGGGCUACGAAGUGGCACAGAGCAACGCCGCCUUCAUCCUCGACCAGAGAGAAGCCACCAUUGUAGGUGAGAAUGAAACCUACCCCAGAGCUUUGCUCCACUGGAACAGGGCUGCCUCGCAAGGCUAUACUGUGGCUAGAAUUAAGCUUGGAGACUACCAUUUCUAUGGUUUUGGCACCGAUGUGGAUUACGAGACUGCAUUUAUCCAUUAUCGUCUAGCAUCUGAGCAACAACACAGCGCACAGGCUAUGUUUAAUCUGGGAUAUAUGCAUGAGAAAGGACUAGGCAUUAAACAGGAUAUUCACCUUGCAAAGCGUUUUUAUGACAUGGCAGCCGAAGCCAGCCCAGAUGCACAGGUACCAGUCUUCCUAGCGCUCUGCAAAUUGGGCGUCGUCUAUUUCUUGCAGUACAUACGGGAAACAAAUAUUCGAGAUGUAUUUACCCAACUUGAUAUGGACCAGCUUUUGGGACCUGAGUGGGACCUUUACCUCAUGACUAUCAUCGCGUUGCUGCUGGGAACAGUCAUAGCUUACAGGCAGAGGCAGCACCAAGACAUGCCCGGCCCCAGGCCCCCCGGGCCACGGCCAGCGCCACCACAGCAGGAGGCGCCACCGGAGCAGCAGCCACCGCAGUAACAGCUGGGCCCAGCCUUGAUCAGUGACAACCAAGGGAAUCCUUUGCAGAGAACGCCUGCGUUUGAUUUGGGACUCUGGCUCCGUGGCCACCUCCUGGAAGAGGCACAAGGAAGCAUUGAAUUCCUAAAGCUGCUUAGAAUCUGAUGCCUUUAUUUUCAGGGAUAAGUAACUCUUACCUAAACUGAGUUGAAUUUCAGUGCCGUUUGGAAUAACAUCUCUCAGUGGCUUUCCUUUUUUUGUUUGUUCUGGAAACAUACGUGAGACACUCAAAGUAAUGUCUACUGUAUCCAGCUCUCUUGGGUCCUUUUGGUCAUUCUCUCAAUGUGCAUAAGUUCUCCGAUCAACCAUCUUCAAGGUCUUGUGCAUCGACACUAAAAACUGAUGUGUGAAAAGGAAAACCCAGUUACUCGCAAGUUUAACCAUAACACGUUUGAAAGUCUGGAAGUAGAACUUGCCUUUAACGUUUAAAAAAAAAAAAAAAGGCUUCAAAGUGUUUCAGAAUGGCCAUAGCAGAAACUUUUGCCAGUCCACAUGCAAGUACACAUAUUCAGCACAUUGGUUACUUUAAAAGGGAAGGAAGGGAGGUUUCUGACUGCUGGUGAGUGUCAUAUUUUAUACCACACUUCUCUCCUUCAGAGAUUGAAAGGCCUUGUUAGCGUUGUGUGUGAACUUCAUUUCUUUGGAAUGGAAUAUCUAUAAAACGUUGUGAACUGAUUCCUUGAGCUAACACAUGCGUUUGCCCCACCUACUUAAUGUAAUUUGCUUGUUUUAAGUAUGCAGCGCCUUGAUCUGGAAGCCAGAGGAUGGACUAAGUGGGAGAAAUUAGAAAGCAAUAUUAUAGAACCCUGCCUGGGGUGCUAAGACCAUAGACAUCCUUCCCCAAAAGCUGACCCAAUAGUUCCCAGGAUUUAGUUUGCAUUUCUUAUUGCAAAGGAGCAGAUCACCCUCCUGAAUUCUCUUAAGUAUGAAAUAUCAUUGCAAAGGUACGGCAUAUGGUGACUACCAUUAUAAUACUAAGGCUAAGACAGGAUCUAGGAUGCAUGAAACUCAGUGGUUGAGGACAGCCAAAGCCUGUUCACACCGUCCAGGUGGAUUUUUACUUUUGCAGUUUUAUGUGACAGAAAGUCAGCCACUUGCUCAGCUGUCAUAUUCACCACCCUCCCACUGUGAACACUAGAAAAACAAGGCUAUUCCACUUGAGAAUUGUCUGAUUAAAUUGUAUGGAAAACAACCGUGAAGAAAACUUGCGAACUUCACAAUAUCUUGCAAAUGAAAAAAUUAAACAGAGUUUGUAUUUCUUUCCAUUGUGUGAGACUACGUUUGCACCUGAGCAGGCUUUCUAGGCCUACUGACCUCAGUCUGUUUUCUUAACCUGUAUACUCUCUUUCCACAACCCCUCACCUGCCAGAAAACUUGAAGAGUUUGUUAUUGUAGAGUUGUAAGACUGGUUUCUGAAGUUGGGGUUGCAUUUAGAACCAGAUUUAAUUAGCCAGUAGUGAACAUGAGGGCUUUAAAUGUGAAGUUGUAUGCUUUUUUGCUUAAAGUAGAUUUUAUGAGACCCUGUAAGCAAACUUUCCUCCGAGAUAAUCUCCUUCAAGUGUGAAGAGGUGAUCACAGUGAGAACCCUGUGUCUAAAAGUACAUCUGAAAGGCAGGAACGGUUACGUUCAAAAAGUACAAUGCCCCUUUGGGGAGCUCUUGUGAAUAUUACGACUUGUUUGAUCUCUUACACUUGGCGAUUUGAGAGCAGUGGAUAGGAUAUGGGGCUGUCUUUACUGCCUCUGUCCCCACCUUUCAGAAUCACUAUCAGCCACGCUUCAUUUCAAAGGAACUGUUUUAAUUGAUUUAAAGUUUAACUUCCUCUUUUUCCCCUCUACUACCCACCUACUUUCUCCUUUGGCAGCAUUUUAUUUCUCUCUCUCUACUUCCCUCCAAUACUUGGAAAAAACAUGUCCUAUAACAGUGUGCACUACCAAAGCUAGAUGGGAAGGGCAGUCUGAUCUCAUGCAGUAACAGACUUCCUACCAGUUUGCUACUCGCCGUGUCCUUUUAUUAGUAACUAGAGGCCAAUGCACGAAGUUCGUGCAAGAGUAGGCCUUCCUUUCCCCAGCUGCUGACACCACUUCCCUCUGGCACCCGGGACCCAGGACCCGGGCUUCCCUCCAGCCGCCAGCAGGCACCCGGGACCGGGGCUUCCCUCACAGCCCUGGCUACAUCCUUGUCUGGUCUAAUUAGCAUAUCAUGCUUUUAUUAUUAUAGAAGAUACUCCAAAUAUCCCUUUCUUGGCUUUUUCCACUUCCUGUUUUACCCUGGGUCUUUUGCUACUGGAAAUUCGAACGGUAUACUUAAAAUAACUUAGUUCCUAUGACUUCAGUCCUUCUGACUGUCUCAAAAUACUCUGCUCCCUUCUCAAGGAACUGGUGUUUCUCCUAAAAUAAUGCUCAAUACUUAACCUAAUCAAAUGGCAUCCAUUUGAAUAAAAUGACAGUAACUAAAGCUAGUUAAUGUCAGUGACAUUAAACUAACUCCGGGACUCAGGAGUUUUAAUGGUAGCAUUUAGAGUUAGCAGGUAGAGUGCGGCUUCAUUUCUCCGCGGUUGCCCAUCACCCCCGUCCCUUUUUCUAGUCUGUCUCUACUAGGGCAUACUCGCUUGUGCAUUUGGUGGUUGCUCACUCAACUUUCAGAGUCUCCACAUUAUCCGUUUGCUUCCAUUUUAUGUUGCAAAGGUAGCAUUGAUGUUUGGGUUUCUUUUUUCUUCUUUUUGUGUUUGGAGUUUUUGUUUCUGUUUUCUGAGUGAGGCUUAUCUUAUUUUUUUGGUUACUAUUCAAAGGCACAGAAAAAUAAUUCAAAACUCCUUUUUCAAAGUUUAUUAUUUAACACUUAAAUGACAUUAACUUGUAUUACUCUUAAUACUCAUGACGGUGUGUUACCCUUGUGCACAUAAGGUUAAUUUGCGAGAGUUUUACUGCUGAGCUGUCUUGUCUUCGUGCCAUUGGGAAGUUGUAGAAGCUUUUACUUGUGAUCUGGUGAUGAUCUGAUGCUUUAUUUAAUUAAAGGGCUACUGUUGCCUCCAGAAAACUUAAGUAUUUCGUAUAGAUUUUUUUAAUUUUUUGCUUUUUUCCCCCCCCUUUGCUCCUCACGUUUGUUCUUCUAACCAGUGUGUUGGAGGUAUGCAUGCAAACCUAUAAAUGAAGACCACAACUCUUGGUGUGUGUGGCAUGUGUAUUAUUGUCUGACUACAUCUACAGAACACUUCCUGUCCAGAGGUUUGGACUGGCAUUUCACAUGCACAUUUCAAAAUAAAAUGCUUCAGGUAAAACAGACCCUUUAUCUGCCAGGAAGGGCAACAUUGGCUACGUUUGCCCCAAUGACAUCUCGUGUUUGUUUUCAAAGUGAAUGUAAUACAUGUUGCACAAUAUUAGGACUAGAGGUGUGCAAGAAAUAAAGCAAAAGAAACUUCUAUUUUCAUGAAGAUAUUUUUAUCAGUCAUUGCUCACAAAUACAAAUGGAAAAUAUAAAAUUUCUGAAUACCACGUUGUCUGAGGCACUCCUGAUUUUUAAUGUGGAACAGUCAUUGCAAAGUAGCUAAAUUUCUCCUUCUACUUGGUAUUUCAAGAAAAUAUAAAAUAGCCCACGUAAAAAAAAGAUUUGUGUUUUAAAGUGACUAUCUGCACAAGUAAAGGUCUGAUUUUGUGUGCAUGAAAGGGACGUCUUGGUUACGUGCAACGAGUCAUCUUGCGUGUGCUGUCUUUCCUAUUUGGAAUGACACGCAAGCUGACACUAUUCUCUGAUUUAUAAAAAGAAAUCAAUGUUGAAACGAUCAAGGUGCAACCACUAUCAAUAUUGAGGAAAAGCUUUGAAAGACAGUAAGCUGGCAUCGGAAGGAACACCAUGGCAGACUUUAUUUGUAAAUUUAUUUUGUAUUUAAUUAAAUACAGUAUAAAGGCUGGUGAAGUGUAAUAUAAUUGUGUAAACAAAUCCUGUUAAUAGAGAGAUGUACAGAUUCGUUUUGUACUGUACCUUGACCCUUGUGAAAUAAAGAUCCCACCUGGUUA